AUGGUAUUUUCUGCACUAGGCAUGGUUUUUGCAGUUACACUGAAGUCUUCUGCAGGGCUGCAGACAGGAGACUGGCCAGCCAUGGCUAUUACCUUUGAGCUUUUGCAUUAUCAUGCUUAUUGGUUUUGUGGAAAAAUUUUCUUCAUGGCUGCUCAAAACCACGUGCAAAUUACCAUCCUUAAAGAACAUGACAACCAAAACCAAAACCAAGUCCCUGAAGAGGACUUUGACUACUCCCAAAGGGCUCAGUGGCUUCGAGCAGCUGUGUUAGGAGCCAAUGACGGCUUGGUUUCAACUGCAUCUUUGAUGAUCACUACUAGAAAUCCGUGGAUGGGUGUUGGAGCUGUCCAAAAGAAUGUCAACACCAUGAUCCUAACCGGCUUUGCUGGGUUGUUUGUUGGUGCUUGUAGCAUGGCCAUCGGGGAGUUUGUUUCUGUGUACUCUCAACUAGACAUAGAGCUUGCUCAAAUGAAGAGGGACAAAACAACAGGAGGACAGAACCAAGAACAUCAACAACAAGAAGAAGGCAACAAGGAGCAGCUGCCAAAUCCAUUUCAGGCAGCCGUAGCCUCAGCUAUUGCAUUUUCACUGGGUGCCGUUGUGCCAAUUCUUGCUGCUGCAUUUAUAGCAAAUCAUAAGGUGAGGCUAGCUGUGAUUGUGGUUGCAGUGAGCUUCGCAUUGUUAGCAUUUGGAGGAAUUGGUGCUUUUUUGGGGAGAAGUCCUAUGGCCAAAUCUUGUGCCAGAGUCCUAAUUGGUGGUUGGAUGGCUAUGGCCAUUACCUUUGGGCUUACCAAACUAAUUGGCUCUACUGGCAUGAAGAUGUGA